UGGGUUUCUUGUUAUGGGCUCAUUGCUACUAUGACCUGUCUAGGGAAAGUACUGUCCAUCCCUUCUUUACAGAAAGACUGUGGUGGCCCAAUGUCUGCGACUAUUGAUCCAGGGGUAGGAUGAGGGAUAUAUCCGAACAGUGGGGCACGGCGAGAUUGCUCCGGCGGUGGUCAGGGUGGCCCGAAGGCCUGUGUCCCAAUGGUGAUGGAGAAUACUUUUUGUGGAAAGGACUGGCACUUUACAACUUUACAGUGAGGGGGAAGCAAUCCCGCACUUGGGCAGGAAAACAAAAAUAGUUCCAGCCACAUAUAGAUGUACUGUACGGAGGACUGUGAUUUGGG